AUUUAUGAAUACUUGUCUAAAAGAGUGGAGAGCAGUUUUGCUGAGGCCCCUAAAAUACGGCAGGUGCUAGGACCUCGUGGGAUUCAGGAACCCUCACCUCCCGUCUUGGGGCGUGGUGUGGUAUGAGCGGGUACAGAAAAGCCAGUUCUUCCACAUGCAGCGGCUCGGGCUCUGUUUACGCUCUCCUCACUUACUGUCUCCGAGCCCUCUGCAGCUGUUGCAUUUGCACACCGAACAGAAACCAUGUUUCUUGCAAAGGCCCUCCUGGAAGGGGCAGAUCGAGGCCUUGGAGAAGCUCUGGGAGGCCUUCUUGGCGGAGGUGGACAGCGAGGAGGCCGAGGAGCAGGAGGAGGAGGAGGAGGAGGAGGCAGCAGCGGCCUCGGAGGGAUAGUCGGAGGCAUUGUGAACUUCAUCAGUGAGGCUGCAGCUCAGUACACCCCAGAGCCGCCUCCCCCGCAGACGCAUUUCACGAACGUGGAGGCCUCGGAGAGCGAGGAAGUGAGGCGGUUUCGGCGACAGUUUGCACAGCUGGCCGGACCGGACAUGGAGGUGGGUGCCACUGACCUGAUGAAUAUUCUCAACAAAGUCCUCUCUAAGCACAAGGACCUGAAGACCGACGGCUUCAGUCUCGACUCCUGCCGGAGCAUCGUAUCGGUCAUGGACAACGACGCGAACGGGAAGCUGGGCUUCGAGGAAUUCAAGUACCUGUGGAACAACGUCAAGAAGUGGCAGUGUGUUUUCAAGCAGUACGACAGGGACCACUCCGGGUCUCUGCGAAGUUCUCAGCUGCGGGAGGCGCUGCAGGCAGCCGGCUUCCAGCUGAACGAUCAGCUCUACCGGAUGAUGGUCCGCCGCUACGCGGAUGAGGACGGGGGCAUGGAUUUCAACGACUUCAUCAGCUGCCUCGUCCGCCUCGAUGCCAUGUUCCGUGCCUUCAAGGCUCUGGACAGAGACGCGGAUGGCCUGAUUCAGGUGUCCGUCCAAGAAUGGCUGCAGCUGACCAUGUAUUCCUGAAGGGGGCGCUGCAAAGUCAGGACACUCGCUCAGAGCCUCGCCGUCCACACUGCUGGUACCUGUCCACCAGCUGCUGUUUCCUGUCGAGCUGUUUCACACCCCUACGUAUUUCUGAUCGUGGGCACCUUUCCUGCUUUCAUUAAAACACGUUGUUUUUUUCCAUGAAAA